AGGAGUGGAAACUUUCGUUCGUGUCACAGUGGUAUUUUUCCUCAGCAGCGUUUUGAGGGACCAGCGGACACUAGGACCCAACCGUAGGCAGAAGUUUGGAUGCUCACUGGAGGCUUCCGAUGCACCUGAAGCACUCGCGAGCUCAGAUUUCAGCUCCUCGCGGACAGCAGCACAGAUCAUCAACAUGACAGAAUGUUUCAAAAACUGCUGCAGGACAUUUAUGUCCAAGAAGAAUGAGCCAGAGAUUCAGAUGAUUAAGGUUAGACUUCCGGGUAAGUUAACUGCUGAGUCUAAUGUGAAGAGGAAUGUUGGAGUGUCAGAGGAUUAUCUGCUGUCUAAACUGCCUCCGGAUGGCCGGGAGGUUCCAUUCUUUGUCCCAAACUUCAACCCUUCCUAUAUCCAGCCGAGAGGAGCACAGCACUCUGGCUACAACAUUGGGCAACAGAGUGCCACAAGGACCACUUAUGCAGAAAGGAAGGCAGAACUCGCAAUAGCCGGUCAAAUGAUGUAUGACCCUGAUUUGACCUUAAACAGAAGUCAUAUGAUCUGCUACGUGUCACCUGGCUCACUGAGACGCCCCACUCUGAAAAUCAGACCCAAUAGCAGUCCUGGCACAGGUUUGGAACACAGAGACAAACAGACACUCAGUUCUUCCAUGUAUGAUUUGUCAAACACUCAGGGCCAUGUACAGCGUUAUGAUUCUGUAUCCAGUGUCCAGAGCAGCACAUCCUCCAUUCAGGAUUCCUUUGGGAGCAGCCGUAGUCUAGACUCCAUCACACUCUCUGGCGAUGAGAGAGAUUGUGAGCCGGGAAAAGUGUGUGUGCAGCUGAAGUAUGAAGAGGCAGUGGAGCAGGUGUGGAUCACCUUAGUGAAGUGUACAGACUUGAGUGUAUAUACUGACGGGGUGGAGGUGCAGAAGAUUGGCAUCAAAGGGGUCAUCACCAUGACCAAGCCAGUGCGAUUUAAGAGCACCAUCAAGGAAGCAUCAGCAGACACUGUCUUCAUGGAGACAUUCGUGUUCACUCUUAACUUAGAGCAGAUACGCAGGUCUGCAUUGGUGCUGUGCCUGCAGGCUCACACACCACGUAGGCGUACGCUGGGAGAGUGUGUAUUAUCUCUGCGAAACCUUGGACAACAGGAAACAAAGCACUGGCUGGAGUUCAAGCCUCACUCUAAAACACAUGUGUGUCAUGCUGAGCUUCAGCUGGCCUUGUGCUUCCAGCCAGUGAGUAGUCGAAUGCAACUCCAGAUCCUCAGUGCUCAAAACCUUCCAUCAUCUUCCUCACCACUUACACAGAGAUUCUUUGUGAAGGUUGAGUUGUUGAGUGAGGGUAAGGUCUUACUGAAGAGGAAGACGAAGGUGAUGAAGUCUUCAGAAGGGCAGAUCCAAUGGGGGGAAGUGCUUCACUUGCCCAUCACCAAUAAAGACCAGAAUCUGCAGCUGGCAGUCAAACUCUGCAGUCGCGGCUCUGUUCGGAGAAAACACCUGCUUGGUCAGGUCAAACAAAAUUGCGAAAGCAGUUCUCCUGAGGCGGUGGAACAAUGGAGGGAUUCUAUGGCUAAUCCUGAAAAAGUGGUGACGUCUUGGCACAGAGUUGUGAGAGGAUGAAGAAAGACAUUUUUUAGCCAAGUGGAUUUCAAAACUUUCAAAAAGGAAAAGAAACCCUUUUUCUAUCUUUGAAUAAUUAAAUAUGGUUAUUAUAUGGGAAAAAAGUGUUUGCCUAGA